GCCUCAGGCCCGUCCGGCCUCCUCGCCGCCCCGCCCCGCCCCGCCCCGGGGCUGGUUUCCGGCCAGCGAAGCCCGCCGGGCGGGGCUGCUCCCUCCGCUCCCCGUGCGGCGCCGGCGGCGGCAGGGAGCCCAGGCGGAGCGGCCGGGCUGGGCGGCGGCGCCAUCCAGCUCCAGGACUAGUUGGCUGCCAUGCUAAUGUUGCUUGCGUUUGGAGUGCUGCUUCAAGAAAUCCUGGCUAAUGCCCAAGAUGAAAAUCUUACUGAAAUCAAAAACAUUCCAGAAGUGCCAUUAUAUAGCUACAAAAGUAUCAAUGUACCAGAGGAGCAUAUUCCAUACUUUCUGCACAACAAUCGGCAUAUUACUACAGUCUGUAAGCAGGACUCUCAUUGCCCAUAUAAAAAAUACUUGAAGAAUCUAAAAUCCUGCUGGGGCUAUGAGAGAUCCUGCAAGCCAGAAUACAGGUUUGGUUACCCGGUGUGUGAUUAUGUUGAAACGGGAUGGGCUAAUGACAUUGAGACAGCUCAGCAGAUAUUCUGGAAACAAGCUGACUUUGGUUAUGUUAAAGAAAGGCUGGAUGAAAUGAAAACCCACUGCAAGCCUAUAGCAAAGGGUGAUUCAUCUCUGGCCUGCUCACAGUACCUCCAGCAUUGUAGAGCGACAAACUUGUACAUUGAUUUAAGAACCAUAAAGCGAAACCAUGACAGAUUCAAGGAAGACUUUCUCCAGAAAGGAGACAUCGGUGGUCAUUGUAACUUUGACAGUCAAGCAUUCAUGGCUGAAGGUCAGCGCAAGAGUCCUCUGCAGUCUUGGUUUGCCGAACUUCAGACAUAUACUCCACUAAGCUUCAGACCCAUAGAAGAUGGCAAAUGUGACAUUAUUAUUGAAAAGCCAACUUACUUCAUGAAAUUAGAUGCAGGUGUUAAUAUGUACCAUCACUUCUGUGACUUUGUCAAUCUUUAUAUCACUCAGCAUAUUAACAAUUCAUUCAGCACAGAUGCCAACAUUGUCAUGUGGGACACCAGCUCGUACGGCUAUGGGGAUUUAUUCAGUGAGACCUGGAAGGCAUUUACUGACUAUCACAUAAUACACUUGAAAACAUACGACUCUAAAAGGGUAUGCUUUAAAGAAGCAGUGUUUUCAUUAUUGCCUCGAAUGCGAUAUGGCUUAUUUUACAAUACACCACUGAUCUCUGGCUGUCAUGGUACGGGAUUAUUUAGAGCAUUUUCCCAGCAUGUGUUACACAGAUUAAAUAUCACACAAGAAGGACCCAAGGAUGGAAAAAUUCGCGUCACAAUACUUGCACGCAGUACCGACUACCGGAAAAUAUUGAACCAGAAUGAGCUUGUGAAUGCUUUGAAAACAGUAUCAGCGUUUGAGGUCAAAGCAGUAGAUUACAAGUACAAGGAACUUGAAUUUUCAGAGCAAUUGAAAAUCACGCAUAACUCUGAUAUAUUCAUUGGAAUGCAUGGAGCUGGACUUACCCAUUUACUCUUUCUGCCAGACUGGGCUGUUGUGUUUGAACUAUACAACUGUGAGGAUGAACGCUGCUACCUAGAUUUAGCAAGGCUGCGAGGCAUCUGUUACAUUACCUGGCAAAAAAAGAACAAAGUGUUCCCUCAAGAUCAGGGACACCACCCAACACUGGGAGAACACCCAAAGUUUACUAACUACUCAUUUGAUGUGGAAGAAUUUAUGUACCUUGUGCUUUUGGCUGCCGAUCAUGUAUCACAACAUUCCAAGUGGCCAUUUAGGGUAAAACAUGAUGAAUUCUAGGUCAAAUUUGAGGUUUAAAACAUUCUUUUAAGCAACACUUCAUUAAAAUGUGUUAAAAUAGAUACAAAUCCAUGCUGGUACAAAACUUACAAACAAAAUCCCCUAUCAAAAACACUCCUAUAGCUUUUUACUGUAUUUUCAUAUUCUCUCUUCAGUUCUACAUUUUAUUCUAGAGUUUUUUGUUGGUGACUUCUAUUUAUCAAGAUUAUUUUUGCACUAGUUGUUUGCAUUGCUAAUUCUCAUUACUUGACUUUUUUGUAUAAAGAUUUGUCCAUCCAUUUCAUGUUAUAUUUGUCUCAUGUAUAAAUUGUCCUCUUGUAGCAAGCUGUGCACAAUUGGAGAGAGGUGGGGUGGGUUGUGUGUGUUGCGGAAGGAUUAGUACAGAACUAUUUCUCAAGUUGAUCAUGGUAUGAAUGACAUAUGUAUUAAAGUGUAAUAGGGGAAACAGUUCUCCCAUCCCUGUUCCAGUCUUUGGUCUUGAAGCUUCUAUGCUGCAGUACUAUACGUGUUGCAAAUAAAAUAUCUGGGUAGGAAUUGACUUCCUAUCUUUAGAUUUUAAGCUAUUCCGUUGUAAAGCACCUGUUAUCCAUACAAAGCAGUUGCUAUUUGAUACAGUGUAUACCCUAAAGGUCAUAUUUUUAACUCAGAGGCAUUUUCCAGCUACAGAUAAAAACCUUUCAUUUUUAUGAUAAAAACCUAAAUCUUCUAAAGUUAGCAAUAGUUUGUAUUAAUCCUGUGGCUCUCCCCACUUCUCCAAAAAAAUUAGGUUACAAUUAUAAAAAACACCAGUUCUGACGACAGUCCCUGUUUGGGUUAGGUCAAGUCUUAUGUAAGAAAUCUUUCUUAAUCAUAUAUUAAUUGAGGUAGUUCAGAUAAUUCCAGGUAUUUCUAAUUUUUUCACAAAAGCAGCUCUUCUGUGGCAGAAAACUUGACAGACACAGUAUUACAUAUACUCUUUGAGGAGGUUUAAAGGAAUUGACUGUUUUGUCUGGCAAAAAUGAUAGGAUGAUGUAGGCCUCUCAACUAAAUUGAGAUAUAACUAAAUCAUGAAAGGAACGUUGUUGUUCUAGGCAAUAAGAGCCUGAUUCACAGUGGGACUUGCUUCAGUGGGAUCAGGCCCUGUGGAUGGGCAUUUCAAAAGUGCUCUGUAUUGGUCUAACUCAGCUCCCAUUAAAGUCAGUCGGAGCUUUACCAUUGACUUCAGCGAAGGCAGAGUUAGGCCCUUGCUGAGUGUGUCUGAAAAAUUCCACUCUAGGGGAAAUCCUGACCCUGUUGAGUUCAUUGGGAAUUAAGGUGACCAGACAGCAAGUGUGAAAAAUUGGGACAGGAGAUGGGGGCGUAAUCGGGACUGUCGCUAUAAAAUAGGGACAUCUGGUCACCCUCGUGGGAACCCUCUGAUUGACUUCAGUAAUGCAAGGAUGACGUGUAAAAGAUUUGUAUAAAUACCUGAAAAUUGAGUUCAAGAAGACGAAGGAAAGAGUUCCAUGUUAUGUAUACUGUGGAUUUUUGAGAAUGAAUUCCAUACCAUUCUUGCAUUAUAAUGGUACAGUAUCUCAGUUGCCUGAGGCGGAAGAUAUAUGUAUGCAAAAGCAAGAACGUGUUACGUUAAGUGUAAACACUUGAGUGGUAUAAUUUUAGAUAUUAUUGACUUCCAUUCUGUAACAAUCAUAGGCAAUUUCACAGAGUGUAGGCAUAUUUACUGUCCUGCCUACAAUGGUAAAGAUAAAUUACUGUAAGUAUAGCUUGCCUGUAGAUCUCUCCUGACCUUAAACAGUGUAUAGGAAAGCUAGAGAUCUAAACCAGAAUGCAUAAAGAUAUUUGGUUCAGUUCUUAGAGCAGGAUAUUAGGGAACUGACAUGUAAAGCUGUUUCACUUUUUAAAGGAACUGUAUAAGCAAAAUUGCACUUCUUGACAUGAAAAAAAUACCUUUUAAAAUACAAAUAUCUGAGAGAGAGUUCUUGCAUUUGUGUGUUUUACCUCUUUUUUUU